CAAUGUCAUUGUCAUGUUUCAUCUGUCGCUUGUAGUUUUUGCGUGUUUUUACGAAAAUUUUAUAAAAUUUUCAGGUGGUUUUCAGUUAUAUACAGCGAAGGAUUUUCAAUAACUAUACCCGCAGAUAAUUCCUCAAUCCACCAUGUCCGAAGAACAAGCCAAAUCUUCGGGCGUCAUCCCUUCCAAUGAGGAAAUCAUAGAUGAGAUCACCAAAGACUUGAAAUCCUCGGCUAUUUCUGCGGAAAACCCUGAAGAGUUUGUUAUUAACCCUGGCACAAGUCAAGAAGAUCUUCCAUCGAAAUCCGGAGACUCUCAAAAAACAGACAUUCCAGACUGGGUCGCCGGUGACCUGGACAAAGAUGAGAAAGAGACAUCAGAAGACGACACCAAAGAGUCGGAUGACAUAGACGAGGAAGGCCUUAGAGCCGCCGAGCUCGCCCUCACUGAUGACCAGAAAGCGGAGAGGAAGAUAAUUGCUGAGGAGCUGAAGGUUGCUGGCAACUUGGCGUUUAAAGAUGGAGAUUACGAAAGGAGCAUAGAGAAAUACACAGAAGGUUUAAUAACUUGUCCCCUACAAUUCACACAGCAGAGAUCCAUUCUCUAUUGCAACAGAAGUGCGGCCAAAAUGAAGUUAACUAAAUACAGUGAUGCUGUGAAAGAUUGUUCUAAAGCUAUUGAACUAGAUGAUAAAUAUGUCAAGGCGUAUAUAAGACGAGCGCAAAGCUACGAAGCUUCGGACAAACUCGACGAGGCGUUAGCAGACUGGCAGAAGAUCCUCGAGUUCGACCCGUCGCAUAAGGACGCCAAAGUAGCCACAAUAAGGCUACCACCAUUGAUCGAAGAACGAAAUGAAAAACUCAAAACGGAGAUGAUGGGCAAACUUAAAGACUUGGGCAACAUGAUACUGAAGCCGUUUGGGCUGUCUACGGAGAACUUUAAACUAGAGCAGGACCCUGAGAGUAAAGGUUACAAGAUAAACUUCCAGCAGUGAUUGUUUUAGGGACUAUUGUAUAUUAUGAAAAGUUGAUGGUGAAAAAAAAAUUGGGGGCUGACAAUUAUAGCUUUGCAACAGGUUUAAGAUUGGAGUUUUUUUUUUCAUUAUGUUAUCAAUAAAUUAAUGAAGAAAACAUGUCAGUCACAGAAAUCGCAAUAGUUAACUUUUUUAGUGUAGGCACUAUUUCUGUUGCAUAGUUUGCCAGCCUGUUCGCAUGAAGAUAUCAAAAUAUCUCAACAAUGGCUACACUAUCUUGAUGGCAUUUAUCUACGCAUAGUUAUACAAGGUGGAAUUUUAUCAGUAGACAUUCAAUAAAUGUAUGUAUUAUGGGAACAUUGUGCUCGGAGUUCAGCCGCCCUACUCUUGUAAGGCAAUGUAUUGCGCCUGUCU